AUGUUGUCUCCAGUCGCCUCGACCGCGCCGACCCCGUCGUUCAUCGCACGCCACUGUCCCCACCACAACACGACGAUCGCGUUCGCGCGCCACUCGAGCGGCGCCGUCCAAAAGUUCGCCUACUUUGACGGCUUCUUCGCGCCGAUCGAAUGCGCCGAAUGCCGGCUGGCGCCAACCGAAAAAGAUCUGCAUCCGCUGUACACGGUCUGGAGCACAACGGCGGGCAAGUACGUGAUAUUUGCGCGCAACAAUCUGACCAACUCCGUCGAGCAGUUCAUUUACAACGGUUCGAUGAACGCGUUCCAGCAGGUCGACUGGCCGCACAUUGUCUACGAUCCGCUGAUUCGUCACACACAAUCGGACAUUCUGUUCACGACGCAACCGACGAUCAAGUGCGGGGUGACGGUGAUUCAGCGCCAUCCGCGGGGACAUCUCAUGAAGCAGCAGUACUGUAAGGUCAAGCAACAGUUCGAGGAGUGUCCCGACGCGCCCGUCGUCUCCUUGUGGUGCUCCGAGAAGCCGGAGAAGUCGGAGAAAAAGGCCGCGGAGGCUGAGAAGCUCGUCACGACGGCGACAAUCGAGAUUCAGACGGAUAUUGCGACGACCGCCGACCAAUACCAGGACUUUAUCGACAUCUUCGCGCUGGCCAAUCUGGCUCCGGACACUGUGAGCCCAUCCAGUGAGUUGAAAACUUGGAAAACUAUAAUAUCCUCAUCGUUUUCAGCGCUCAACCAAUCCGCUUCCGUUGAUACGCUCUCGGAAUGCGAGGAAUCACUUUCCGACGAGUUCGACGUGCUCAGCUGCUCUUCGUCGCAAGGAUCUCACAAUAAUUGA